CUGUGUCCCUCGGACACAGCGGAUCACCGAUCAACGGAAAGAGCCGAAGAUGUUGGCUCGGUCAUGUGAUCAGCUGUGUCCAAUCACAGCUGAUCACAUGGGACAUGUACACUGAUCAUCAGAGCACUGAUGAUCAGUGUGCCCUGAUGAUCAGUGUAGCCCCAGCAGUGCCACCUGUCAGUGUCCAUCAGUGCCAGCUGUCAGUGCUCAUCAGUGCCACGUGCCAGUGCCCAUCAGUGCCACAUCAAUGCCACAUAUCAGUGCCCAUUUGAGCUGCUUUUCAGUGUCACCCAUCAGUGCCAGUCAGUGCCACCUAUCAAUGCCAAUCAGUGCCACCUAUCAGUGCUGCCAGUCAGUGCCACCUAUCAGUGCCAGUCAGUGCCGCCUAUCAGUGCCAGUCAGUGCCGCCUAUCAGUGCCAGUCAGUGUCGCCUAUCAGUGUCAUAUAUCAGUGCUGCCUUUCAGUGCCCAUCAGUGAUGCCUGUCAAUGCCCAUCAGUGCCAUCCAUCAGUGCCACCUAUUAGUGUCCAUCAGUGCAGCCUAUCAGUGCCCAUCAGUGCAGCCUAAUUGUCGCACAUCAGUGAAGGAGAAAAAUCACCUAUUUACAAAAUUUUAUAACAAAAACUAAGAAAAAACAAUUUUUUUCUUUUAAUUUUCAGUGGUUUUUGGUUUGUUUAAGA